GACACCAAUGCUACAUUACAGCACCAGAUUGACAGAUCUAAGAAUAUAGAUCACGAUGCCUAUCACUUUUGAAUCAGCCGAGUUUCAAUGCAGCAUCACAAGACCAGACAUACCGUUUACAAUUUACGUUGGUGACAGCUACAUGCUCCUUGUUCCCCGAGAAGUUACCAACAUCCACCGAAACUUUCCCACCGUGCAAUACUCUCCUCAACGUUUCAGAUUACAACUAUCAGACUACUGGGUCGAUGAAUACAAGAGAAAAUUCAAUCAAGAACCAAAAUUUUCUGCCAAGUACGUCGACUUUGGAUUAGAAGACGACGAAGUCGUGGUUGCUGCUCUACUGGAUGGUAGUAACUUUAUCGCAUAUUGGGAGUUCCGCACUCUGUUGGAUGGUGACAACUCUCACCAUAUGGACAUGUCUUCGGAUGCCAAAGCUAGCUUUGGAAUGAUGAAAUGGGACCUGGCACUAGGCUCCUAAUAUGCUCUACUUGUGAUUGCUACCUUACUACUCUGUUUGGGCUUCGAUUUCUUUGAAUUUGGGUUAGUUCGACUCGUACGGGGCAUUAGUGUAGCUAGGAAAUCUUUUUUGAAACUGUAAAUCUGCUUUCUUGGCUAGUUCUUGCUCAAGUUUUUCGCGUUACAGGACUCUAUUCAAAUAAUGUAAUCAAUGCAGUCUCAGCUUGGUCAGAUAUUAUCUGGCCAGGUCUCCUUUAUCGU